AUGUUUUUAAGAAUUCAAGACUGGCCACCACUUGCAGUUGUUGGCUUCGUGAGUCUAAUGGGAUUAGUCGCAGGGUACACCAUCAUGGGAAUAAUAAAUACGUCUGUUAAGAUAAAAAAUAAAGCCACAAAAGAGACAGUUUUGUUCACAGUUUGGACAACUAUCUUUUGUAUGAUAAUAUCCUGGGCUUGUAUAUUCCUGGGACAAGCUAAGCCAAUGAUAAGCCCCGACUUUAAAAAUAAAUAG